CAGUGUUAAGUCACUCUGGAUGCCAGGACAAAAGAGAUGUGAAAUCAAAAGGGUCAUUUUAAAACAUCCACCAUAGUGCCCGCAGUCAGGCGGUGCCUCUCGGUCCCACGACUGCACCACCUAAACUUGGCCUUUCUUCAGACGCUCCAGUUAGGCCCGGGACGGCGCAUGAGCAGCUUCCCUCCACAGGGCGGUGCCUGACGCUCACACACCACCAGCCGUCCCGCGUAGUAGCACAGGAACUCCGCCAGGGGGAGCACCGAGGUGCGUGACGACGCUCAGCUUUACGCAGUAGCGGCUUGUCGCCACGAGGAGGAGCUCUGUCUCGAGUUAAGAGGCUCCGUGCGCGCCUCCCGCAGUAGCGGCUUCGCCCCGCUAGGGGGCAGCUCACUCCCUCCCCUCCGGCUCGAAGCUUUUCCUGCUCUCAGCUUUUCCUCCCCCCUCACUUGUGAUCUCCCCGAACUUUCAGCUGCCAUCGGCGGAGGCGACAUGGCAACCGACAAAUCCUGGAAAUCGUCGCGGGAAGGCCGCAGCUGAAGGUCGGCUCCGCUCAAUCGGAGAUGCGGUUAUUUUUCACACUGUGUGCUGAGUGACGUCAGAUGAUAUUUCAGAAUAUUAAUGUUUGGAAGAUUUGUUUUGAUUCCAGUGGAAUCUCCAGGAAUUCCUUUUCCUCCUUUUGGUUUCUGUUUUUGCUUUUAAAAUUGUAACCAAUUAGAAUGCCCGUACAAGCUCCACAAUGGACGGAGUUUCUACUGUGCCCGAUCUGCACGCAGACCUUCGAGGAGACCAUCCGCAAGCCCAUCAGCCUGGGCUGCGGGCACACCGUCUGCAAGAUGUGCCUCAACAAGCUACACCGCAAGGCGUGCCCCUUCGACCAGACCACAAUCAACACCGACAUCGAGCAGCUGCCCGUCAACUCGGCCUUGCUGCAGCUCGUCGGAGGCCAGGUCCCCAAGCAGCAAGUGAUCACCCUGCUGACUGGCGCCGAAGACACCAAACACUAUGAGGAGGCCAGGAAGUGUGUGGAGGAGCUCGCUCUCUACCUCAAACCCCUGAGCAGCACGCGAGGGGUUGGUUUGAACAGUACCACUCAGAGCGUGUUGAGCCGGCCGAUGCAGAGGAAGCUGGUGACGCUGGUUCACUGCCAGCUGGUGGAGGAGGAAGGGCGAAUCCGAGCGAUGCGGGCGGCCCGCUCCCUGGGCGAGAGGACAGUCACCGAGCUCAUUCUCCAGCACCAGAAUCCACAGCAGCUCUCCUCCAACUUGUGGGCUGCCGUCCGUGCCAGGGGCUGCCAGUUUCUUGGGCCAGCAAUGCAAGAAGAAGCCCUGAAGCUGGUCCUGCUGGCACUGGAGGACGGCUCUGCCCUGUCGCGUAAGGUGCUGGUGCUGUUUGUCGUCCAGAGACUCGAGCCGCGCUUCCCGCAGGCCUCCAAGACCAGCAUUGGCCACGUGGUGCAGCUGCUUUAUCGAGCCUCCUGUUUUAAGGUGACCAAACGAGACGAGGAUUCUUCGCUGAUGCAGCUGAAGGAGGAGUUCCGCACGUAUGAGGCCCUGCGGCGAGAGCACGACUCCCAGAUCGUUCAGAUUGCCAUGGAAGGGGGUCUGCGCAUCGCUCCUGACCAAUGGUCCUCCCUGCUGUACGGCGACCAGUCGCAUAAAUCGCACAUGCAGUCCAUCAUCGACAAGUUGCAGACGCCAGCUUCUUUUGCCCAAAGUGUCCAGGAGUUGACCAUCGCGCUGCAGCGGACUGGAGACCCUGCAAACCUCAACCGCCUAAGACCUCACCUCGAGCUGCUGGCAAACAUCGACCCCAGUCCUGAUGCACCUCCACCUCUGUGGGAGCAACUGGAAAAGGGGCUGGUGGCGGUGAAGACGGUGGUCCAUGGCUUGGUGGACUUCAUCCAAAAUCACAGCAAGAAGGGAGCUGACCAGCAGCAGCCUCCGCAGCACAGCAAGUACAAGACCUACAUGUGUCGCGACAUGAAGCAGAAAGGAGGCUGCCCUCGGGGUGCCAGCUGUACCUUUGCACAUUCUCAGGAAGAACUUGAAAAAUAUCGGAAGAUGAAUAAGCGCCUCGCUGCCCGGCGUACCCUCAGCCAGUCCCUCACUCAGCUCACUGACUUGGGCCUGCCUAACAGCUCUGGCCUGGUGGCAGACGAAGGCGGCUUAGAGACCACUCUGCGGAAGCCCCCAUCCCUGACAAAUGGCAUUGUCCCCUCGCCUGGGAGCAGCAUGUCACAGCUCAUCGCUCGUGGAACAGAUUCAUCCUAUGAACCGGGCCUCAAGCCCCUGAGCAUCAGCGCUCCGGGAUCCCCACCUGACUCGCUCGAUCCUCUUCCCAAAGGCUCCCUCUCGGCCGUCCCCAUCAGCACGCACAGCAUGUCUCAAGCUCGGAUCGCACCCGAGCACAGCGCCAUGUCAAAGCAGGUGCAGAUGGUAGCCAGAGGGUCUCAGCACUACGCCCAGCAAGCCGAGAUGUACUACCCUGAGCAUCGGCCGCCCGCUCUUCCCAGCCCUUACGAGCACUCGCCUUACCAGCCAGGUGUGCCCUACCCAUACCCGUCUUCACAGUACGUGCAGCCCCGCUAUGCGAGGAGCGGGACCAGCGAGCAGAACAUGCAGUACACGGACCCCUACGUUGGACCUUACCUCCCAGACAGGCAGUAUCCCGGCCAGCCGACCCAGUACCCCCCGAUGGCCCAGCCAGUUUACUCGCCGGCCCACGAAAUGCGCCGCACCUUUCCUCAGCCUGCCUCUUUCCAGCGGGAGGAGAUCGUCCGGAUGAGCCCCGUACCUGUGGAGGUCCCGGCGCCUGCGGCCGUGUCGCCGUAUCUCUCGGAGGCCCGGGAGCGGUAUCCGCCAGAGGGGUACUGCCCCGUUGGCCCACACCCGAGUCAGAUGCGCUCCUAUCCCAGGGACUCGUAUGGCCGGGUGAGUCACGUGCAGCCAAGCCUGGACGAUUUGCAUCGCCGCCGCAAGGAGAUCAUGGCCCAGCUAGAAGAGCGCAAGGUGAUCUCUCCUCCGCCAUUUGCCCCGUCGCCCACGCUGCCUCACGCCUUCCCUCAAGACUACCCACAAGAGUACUUGGAAGAGAAGGCUCACGCAAAAUUCAAGGACAUGGACUACACGAGUCAGUACUCGCCCUGGUCGUGUGACACCAUCGGCUCCUACAUCAGCACAAAGGACGUCAAGGCGAAAGACGUGAUGGCAUCGGGCAGCGUGGAGAUGAUGAAUGUAGACAGCAAGGCCUUGUGGGAUCAGCCAAUUGACCUACAGAGAAGAUCGGCGGACGUCAAAGACGACGACCCCAUAAUCCCUUUUGGGGCCCUGCCCACCGUCUCCCGAUUUGGAGUCAUCUCCCGCACGCCUCGGACGGCCUUCCAGACCACGGGCCCCGUGCAGGCGCUGGCUUCUUCUCAAGGAGCCACCACCAAACACAUCAGCGUUUCAGCUGACUAUCCUGCUUAUGGGCCUCAUGCCGGCUGGGGACCGACAUCCUACCCACCGCACCAAAACGUCAAUUCUCAGGGACACUUCAGUGACAGAUUGCCAAGACCCCCUCCGGACCGGGAGCAGCUGAAAAUGGAACUGCAGCAAGUGAACCAGCAAAUCAACCAGCAGACUCAAAUCCGAGGGCUGGAGGCUGCUAAUAACGCACUCCUGCUGCAAAGAGAGGCGAGCGCCAUGGCCACCCAGCCGCACCCAGCCAAGUGGGCUCCGGGACCACUGUCCAGCGAGCAGCUGAGCCUGGAGUUGCACCAGGUGGAGCGCGAGAUUGGCAAGAGAACUCGGGAGAUAGCCAUGGAAAGUCAGACAUCUCACGAAAUGCAGUUCAAGAUGAAGGGCGUGGAAAACGGGCAGCCGGAGCACAAGACCACCAUGGAGGACAUCGGCCUCUCUGGCAGUGAAGGACCCAACGGAUCGGCCCUGAUGCCCGACGGCGGCCUGACUUCUCUGACGGCCAAGACGGCCUCCAUGAGCCUGUCGGCGGACGCGGGGGGCGGCGUGGAGCUCCAGAAGAACGGCAUCCUGCACCCCUGCCCCUAGAGGCUGGUCCGCGGCCGUUCUCCACACCACGCUGGUGAUGUGGGCACACAUUUUCUCCAGUAGGAGCGACUUAUUAUUUAUUUUGUACCUCUUCCUGGACACAUCUCUCUGUUGAAGAGCACGCCAGCGAGUCGGGCGCGUCGCCAUCGAGGUAAAGGCAGUCGGUAUUUUAUUUUGCAUCAAAACAGCCUAAUUUGGAUUUCCAAUUAAAGAUUCGUGACGUGUCCCUCGUUUUCAGGGACCCCCAUAUUUAAUUUAGCCGUUGUGUCUUUGUCCUGCCUUUAGGCCGAUGGCGGCGGCGGCCGCCGAGCGACUCGCCUCCCCGCCAACUAGAGAUAAGCAGUAUCUGCGGAAAUCGUAACAUUUGUGUUCCUUUUUGUUCUAUGAAUGAACUUUAUUUUAAAGAACUGGGGGUGCCCUGUGUUUCCAGGGCAGCAGGUGGCACACAGUCUUUGAUUGAGGAUGCGAUUCUAUUGAAAGAAAAGAAAAGAAAAGAAAGCCGAGACACACGCACGCACACGGGGGGCCGGCGGCACGGGGGCUCCGCGUGCUUCAGUUCCACUGAGCGGGUGACCGAGUGCCACCAUUGUCACACUCGCUGCACUUAACUUCUUUUCUUUUCUUUUUUUAUUCCUCGUUUUUAUGACCUGGUUAUUGAUUCUUGUGCUUCUUAAUUCACACGCCCGCGCAUGCCAACUGCAGUGGUGUAUCGUUAACUCCUGCCGUCGCUUCAGUAUGAGACGUGAAGAGGACCCAAGGCGCCAUCUUGGAAGUUAUGUCCCCUGCCCACCGCCCUGUGCAGUCGAAGCAGGUUGCCACUGUUGCCAUGAUGGCCACGGCCAAGUGGGAUGUGCCGUCUUGUGCAACAGAUGCCAGCUUCACCAGCUCUUUACCUUUGAGCGCCCACCUGUGGAGGUGCCAGCUGGCGAGGCUGUGUUGGUUUGAACGGUUUCUGUUUGCAUGGCCCCUUGUUUUCGUGUUGGCACCGACUUGACUUUGGCGCCUCUCCGUUGUUCGGCUGCUAGUGCGGCCUCGUUGAACUGACUUGGUGACACACUUGGUCUCACAUGUUCAGGGAACGCAGCGUGGCUCAAGUGCCAUAAGGACCGCGGGCAUGUGUUGGGCAUUCAGCAAGGGACGUUUAAGGAGAGCGGAGUGGAUUUUCCCGAAUGCCACUUGCCAGUUGGGGUCGUCUUGUUUUUGCUUUUCUUGCGCGUAUUCAACUCUGAUAAAGCGGCCAGGCGCCACGUCUGUUUACACUGUGCCAGGCUCCAGGCUGGCAUGGACAACUUGGGAUAGACGCCCAGACGCACCCUUGGGGUCCAACUCCCCAUUGAAGACUACAAGGCGCCUGCCAGCUCCUUUUGGACACUGGUGCCCCUGGGCAUUCUCCCUGGCACACGUGUUCAACUCGCAGCUGCGGAGUUUCCUCCCGUUUGACUUCUGUGAAGUUCUGUACUGGUGGGGAGCCUGUCUGCUUGCUUGUGACUUCUGGGGGGCACGGAGCUGGGGGCUCAAGUGGACGUCCUGGUCGUGCACUGAUUAGGAGAGAUUUGGGUGGUGCCCGUUGGACUGGAUUAGAAAGCGUGCCAUUUACUUGUUGAUUUUAGCUUGGCACUUGACCGUCAAGCAUUAGUGGCAUGGUGGGCAGCAGACAGUGACGAGGCCCCCUGCCCUGCAGUGAUUUGACUUCUAAGAUGUCCAUAGCCUGCCAAGAGCGUCUCCAGGUCCACAUGGCACUCCAAAGGGAUUGUCUUGUGUGUGCCCACCUGCUGUCACUCAGGGGAAGCCCCUCCACCUCUUCAGGUAGGAGAACGUGCUGAGGGACUGUGACUUGUCACCUUCACAAGAGGAGGGGCUUCCUGUUUUUUGUCCCCCAUGAUCGAUGGUGGUGUUGUACCCCCUGUUUAGAAUGCCAUCUCAGUUUAAGCCAGCCUUGGAGAGGGUGGCGCUGUGGAUGCCCACACACAGACACUCUGGUGGGGCACUCAUCCCUGCCCGGAAGAACUUGGGGUCCUGAGUGAACGAGUGGGCCGUUUUGCCACAAUAGCAGGCCAUCUGCUGGGGGGGGGGGGGGGGCACUGGCACACUGCCAGCCUCAAGUGCCCGAACUUUGGUGUCCAAAUUGUGCCCUCCGGGGGGAUUUGUAGUUGGCCCUGAAAAAUGUCAUCGCAAGGCGAGGUGGCGACCUCUGCGGAGUUGUGGUGGGCACACUGGGCGGGCGGGCGGGCGGGGCCUGCAGAUGGUUUGAUUUUUUAAUCUUAUACUCCAUUAAGGAAUGUUUAGAAUUCUAUUUCUCCAAUAUGGAUGUAGCAGCUGGUCGACUUUUUUCUUUGUAAGAGAAUUCACUGUGUGAAAAUUGGUUUGCAUUUUUGUAUAAUACAAUAAUAAUAAUAAGAAGAAGACGAAGAAGAA